AUGAAAGCAUCUUAAAUCUUUUUCACAAUAAUUAAAUAAGUGAAUUACGGAGAAGCUAUUUAUAUUGUGUUUGAUUUCACAAAUUGGAAUUUAAAAAAGGCUAUUAGGAUGGAAUGUUAAAUGGUAUUGCUAAAUUUCAUAUAUAUUAAUAGAAUGAUCAUUGGACUAAGGAAAUAGAUAUCUCUUGCUCAUAUUUUGAAUAUAAGUAUGUAAUUGGUUAGUACGACAACCUUUUUGAAAGAGAAAUUGUUUGGGAGAAGGGACCGAAUAGAACAUCAGAAAACUUGAAAUUAUUGGAAAAAAGUUAGAGUAAAUUUCAAUUAGAAGAUAUUUGGGAGAAAAGAACUAUGAUGUUUUAUUUACUUGAUAGAAAGUAGAAAACUAAGAAUAGAAAGAAUCAUUAACAUAAUAUUAUAUUAUUUGGAUCGGUGAAGGCUUUGAAUUCACCAGUCAAAUUUACUAAUUGUUAAUUAAGCUUAAAAACAUAAUUAUAUUUUCUAAAUUUAUAACUUGAAUCAGAAGAAGUUACCAAUCCAAUUGAAGUCUAAAUCUAUAUGUAAGCUUAAUUUAAAGAAAGUAUAAGUCAUAAUAAAAUUUAGGACAUAUUGAAAUCAUCUCAAAAUGUGUAAAAUUACACUUUAGAAAUUAACCUAUAAAUAUAUGUGAAGAAAUAUUACCAGAAUCUAAAUGUUACCUACUCAAAUGA